AUGAUUUAUGACUAUGCUAAACCAUAUUCGGACUUUAAUGGAGCAUUUGAAAAGCUUUUUCAUAUAAAAUUCAAUGAUUCUGUUGAAGACAUGCACAAUAUCAUCACAAAUGUUUUAAUUUCGAAAUAUCAAAUUACCAAAAACCAACUGUCACAGAUCAUUUUAAAAGCAUUUCGAUAUAAUUAUGUAUCAGGAGAAAAUUAUAUAAAAAUUUUCAAGAAUAUUGGCUUUGAUAACAAACUUUCGGAUUUAACAUUCCCAUUGGAGGGUUCAGUCGAAUUUAUUGUUAUGCACGAUCAAAUUGAUAAGUUUAAGGAAUAUAUUUCACAAAGAGAGCUUAAAAAUGAUAUUUUUUUAGAAAUUCCUGAUUUGAAUUCAGGCUUCCGUUUCAAGUUAUCAUUAAUAGAAACAUGCGCAUAUUUUGGAUCCGUAAACAUUUUCUUUUUCUUAAUUUCAAACCAAAAUUAUACAAUAUCAGAAAGAUGUCUACAAUUUUCUUUAUUUGGUAGAAAUACUGACAUUAUAAAUGAAUGUUUAAAGGGAAAUAAAAUGGAUAAAGAUUGCCUCAGAGACAUUGUAUGUUCACAUAACAACGAAAUGCUUGAAUACGUUUUAGAAAGAAAUAUUUUUACAUAUAAAGAUUUCGAAGGAGAAAACUCCAAUUCAGCAGCUAUUUACGAAGAUAUUAUCAAGUACCAAAACCUGAAAGCUGUGUUUAUUCUUUUCGAAAGAGAGAAAAAAUUCAUAGUUCCAUGGUGUGCUGCAUUUCCUCAAACAAUAGAUAUUCUCAAAAAUGAAAAACUUCCUGAUAAAAUUGAUUUUAAGAAAAGAAAUAUUCUACAAUACGCAUGCAUGUCACAAAAUUCCGAUAUCUUCAAAUUUUUAUUAAACUCAGUUGAUAAAAUUGAUGUCAAUUAUCGUGAUGUAGAUAAAAUGACAGCUCUUCAUUUCGCCGCAAUGUAUAAUAAUAUAGAUGCAGCAAGAAUUCUUAUUUCUCAUGGAGCUGAUGUAAAUGCUAAAAUAUUCUUUUUCAUUUCAUACUAA